AUGACGAGCGCAUCGGAACUCUUCUCCACUCGAAGAUCGCGUCCGGUUAGACCCGAGCCGGUUUUAGAAUCCGACUCUUCUCUUAAUCGAUACCAUCAUCGCCGUCACCACGGAAUCCAUCAUCAUAAUCACCGCCAUGACUCCGACGGUUUUGAACCUCUCCGCCGAGCCCCGCCUCGUCUCCGUCGCUUCUGUCACUACCUUGGUCUCCCGGAACGAAGACCGGUUCGUGAUGUUCAAGGCACUGCACAGAAUUUGAAUACGAGCAGUGCUGAUUCGGAAACUGAAAGCAACAGCUUUGGUAACCUAAAUGGAUCCGACAGGCUUCCUGGUUCUGUUCUGCUCGCAAGGGAAAGACUUUUCGAAAGAUUGAGAGGUGUUUCUUUGUCUAGUAACAGUCGAAGCAACAGAGUUUCAUUGGGAGAUGAUCAAAGGGAGUCCUCAUUUUAUGCCGGAGAUGGAGUUUCGUUCUACGGAGAUCCAUAUUUUCAACUAGAAGGGCUUCAUCUGUCCAAUGAAUGCAACAAGAAACCACAAGGUCUCACAGAAGGUGCCAUUAACGGUUUAAAUCAGGAAACUUUUAGCGCGGCCGAUGUUAAAACCGAGAUGAGAGAUUGUAGCAUAUGUUUAGAGAGUUUCACUAUUGGCGACAUACUCAUAUCCUUACCAUGUGCACAUAGCUUCCACUCUUCCUGCUUAAACCCUUGGCUUAAAGCUUGUGGAGAUUGCCCUUAUUGCCGUAGAGCCAUAGCCAAGGAAUAA